AUGGUGUCUGCAGCAUACGAUACACCUUCUGAAGAUGAAUCAGGAGGAACUGCGAGCCCCAUCGAUAUUGAACCGCGUGAAAGCCCAGCCACUGGGUCCGGUAAACGACGCCUGGCGCCUUCUGGCUCGUCCCAACGCGAGGCCAAAUCACGCCGUACAGGUGAACCCGGAGAGAUGUCUACACCUGGUCAACAAGGUGGACUUACUGCUAGUGGCUCGCGAGGACCAGGAGGUGGGUCGCAGCCCCCUGGCUAUGGAUCCCAGUCGAUGUCUGUUCACGGGAUGAUAGAAGAAGGUUAUGGAACUCGACAAAAGCGUGACGAGUUUGUUGAUCAGAAACUCAUGGACGACUUGAAGAAGGAUCUUGGAGACCCGUUGGAUCGCCAGCUGAAUGCCGUCCAGGCUGAUGUCGCGGCAGCCGCCCGUUCACCUCAGCCAUAG